ACCUCAAGUAUUGACGGUGUUGAAAUCUCCUUUGAGCUAUUUUCACAUUCAACACCUUUCAUUUGUUACAUUUCCGUCUAUACAUUUAUGAGAGUGUUAUGUAGCAUCAGAUAUUUAAUGUCUUUGAUGCUAUUAUAAAUAAAUAUAUGUGUGUUUGUGUUAUAGUAGUUAUUUGCGUAAGUAAGUAGUAUGGUACCUUGUGCAGCAGAUGAGCUGCCCAGUGUACAGGUCAGUUCCCCGGAGGGAGGAGGAGCUAACGUCAAGAAUAAGGCAAGAAAUUGUGUCUUGAGUCGUACUAGCACAACACGCCGCGGGUUUCACCCAAGGAACAGCAACGCUACCAAGGACUACAUAUGUGAGCUGUGCAGCAAAAGUUUCCACAAAAGAUGGCAUCUGAUCCACCACCUGCGGAUGCACACUGGAGAGAAGCCUCACCGGUGUGGCACUUGCGACAAAGCCUUCACGCAGAAGGGAGACCUCACGAGGCAUUUGAGAAUACACACAGGUGAUAAGCCCUAUAAAUGUGACGACUGCAACAAAGCCUUCACACACAAGAGCAAUCUGGUGCAACACUCCAGGAGACAUACUGGAGAGAAACCCUUUCAGUGCCACGACUGCAGCAAAUCCUUCUCCAGAAAGAGCGUCCUGAUUCAGCACGUCCUCUUACACAGCGGACACAAACCCUACACAUGUGACCAGUGUCACAAACUCUUCUCGCGUAAGGGAGCACUAAUUAAGCAUAAAUGGAGUCACACCGGCAAGUGGCCCUACCAGUGUGACCAGUGUAACAAAGGGUUUUCUGACAGGACUCACAUGGACAGUCAUAUGAGGAGCCACAAUGGCGAGAAACCCUACGAAUGUGACGAGUGUGGCAAAACAUUCGCAGAUAAAAGCAACUUGUGCCGCCACAUAAAGAUGCACUCACGGGACUACAACAGAAGAUGCCAACAAUGCGGAACGCCUCUGUUAACGAGAAGGAACUCGCACACACCUCAGAAACCAAACACGUGUCGCAAGUGUUUAGAGAGUUUCUUAAUUAAAACAAGGAGUAAGACUGAUGUCAUGUUCAAAUGUGACAUUUGCGAGAAAGAAUUCACCCUGAAAAGCAAUCUAGCGCAGCACCUGAUUCUCCACACAAACGUGAAACCCUACAGUUGUCAGGUGUGUGGGAAAGAGUUUUCUCACAGAAGUAACUUGGCUAGGCAUAGGAAUAUACACACUCAGGCAGGUACACAUAAAUGUAGUUUCUGUGACAAAGUGUUCUCUCGUAUAAUCACUUUCAACCAACACAUGAAAUCGCACGAAAAAUCCGGUCUUAAAGGCGAAUUAAGGGUCUGUGUGGAUUCCGGCACAAAUUCUGUUGGUGAAGAAGCGGGCAGCAGAAAUAUGAACGUCUGCGUAGAGUCUGCAUCACAGGCAGGUGAUCCAAAUCCCACAGCAGAAGCAACAAACGGAACAGCCGCAGAUGAGAACGGCAUGUCAACCAAUUCAGAAGAGUCAGACACCAAGGAGAAUAUUGCUACAGUCCAGCAAACCCCCCAUGACCCCGGGGUACAAAGCAGGCUUCCCAUGGUGACCAUACCAAGAGAAAACAUCGUGGAAAUUAAAACCGAAAGAGAAGGUGAUGAACGGUACGGAUGCAUUACACAGCAAGAGCGAAAUGUUUAUAAUGCUCAGUCGACAAUUACUGUCAAUUGCAACACAGUUCUGACCUCAGGGGCAACGCACCACGUCUCGGACCCAACUCAGGAAGGCAAAAAUACCAAGAGAAAUGCCAGUGCAACUACCAAUGGCCUUCAGUGCCAGAGAGGACAUGGGGACAUACCAAUGGUUACCAUACCAGCGAUGAAUAUCCUUGAAUUUAAAAAAGAGAAGGAUAAUGACUCUUGCGCUAUAAAUCAAACAGGACAGAGUAUGAGUGUUCUCUGCGGCGAGUCAGUAACUACCCAGGAACACUCUGCCGCCACGAGCUGUUCUUCUCGUCAGCGGCACCACAGCAAUGCUGCGCCGUGAGCAACACAGCAGCAACACAGC